AUGCGACAAUCUCUACGGCGAAAGUCUUGCAGUGCUUGCGCGCGCUCCAAGCGUCGCUGCAGCCUUAGUGCUCCCAGGUGCAGACGCUGCGCAGUAAAAGGCAUAGAAUGCUCAUAUCCCACCGUCACGCCUGUGCCGCCUCCGCUCCCAAGCGCCUCUGGCAGCCCGCUCGUCAGUGUCAGUGAUUUGAUUGACGAUGCUUUGCUAUCUCUUCAGGUGCCCUCUUUCUCACCCACGACUGAAGCAUAUGGCAUGCAGCUCGACUCCGCGGAAUAUCCUGCCCACACAGCAAACGAUUAUACGGCGCGCGCAGAAUUCUUGGCUCAUUUGAUGUCACUGCAGACCACGGCACUGGCUGACAAGGGAUUCAAUGUAUUUAUCCACUCGUCACAGACUCUGGCGUCAGAUGCGUUGCGCGACGCGUUAGCUGGAAGUGCCCUGCACGCCAUGCGAAAUCCUUCUAACGCGCGCUUCGUCGAUUCUGAGAUUACAAGGCGCGCCUCCAGCACUGUCGCAGUCUUAUGUGCAGCGUCAAUAAGCGACGAUACGGGCAACUUGCAAAUGCUACCUUGGGUCCAAGCACUUCUUGUCUACCAAUGUAUGCGACUCUUCGCGCCAGCAAGUAUCAGCCAACAGACACAGGCGGAACGCGACAACUUUGUUCUUCAAAUCUGGGCAUCGCGAUUGAAACUAUCAUUGACUUGUGAUGAUGACCUUACCGAGGCGCGCUGGGAGCCCUGGGUUGAGCAAGAAGCUAUCCGUCGCACGCUGAUAUGUAUAGAGCUUGCGCAAGGCGCCUACACCUACCUCCGAGGGAAUUGGCCCGUCGGUGUCCGGUGCCAUCACGACCUAAGAUUCAAUGCACAGAAGGCUCUUUGGGAAGCCAAGUCGGCUGCAGAAUGGCGUUUGGUCUGCGACGAUUUCACGCAUCCCUCGCUGCCAUGCAAUAUGAUUCGCUUACACAAAGACAUUCGCGACGCAAUGCCUGGUGACUUGGAUGAUCUAGGAGUCGUAUUGCGCGCUGCGGGCGAAGGGCUUGCCCAUAUUAAUACCUGGCUUCGUCACGAUAAAGAAGCCUUGCAGCGAUGGGGCCAAGUAGGCGCAUAA